AAUCGUAGGUUUUUAAUUUAAUUGAUGUAUUUUCUAUCAUUGCAUAAAUGUUGUAUUUUCUAGCACUCUGCGGUCUUCCUCAUUCUCGUAAUGGUGAUGGUAGAAUCUCCUGUGAAGCCUAUAUACCCAGCUGGACAUAUGAUUUCAAUAAUAGAGAGUGCAUCGAAUUUAUCUACGGCGGCUGCGGAGGAAAUGACAAUCGUUUUGAUUCAAAAGAAAAUUGUGAAAAGCAGUGUUUGGAAUAAAAGACAAAUAUUGUGAAAAAGAACAUU